AUGGAUAAGCUAUCUUCCUUUCAAGGCAACAACAUCUUGAAGUUGUUUGAACUUGCAAAGGAAUUAAGUAAGUUAAAGUUUUUUGAAACUUUUGUGACGGACUUUCAAAAUAAGAUUCUUUCGUUUAUUCUCGAGAAAGAUGACUUGAAAUUGUGGAGAGAUUUUAUAGAUGGGAACUGUACCUUAAAGAUUACUAGAGAUGAUGUAUCUGAAGUCAAUGGUGAAGAUAAAGAACAGGAUAGCAUUGAAAGCACUAAUGACAACACCUCUAACAACAAUGACGAUGUCGAAGACCACGACGAUGAAGAAGACGAUGAAGAAGCAUUCGAUGAAGGUUACGAACCGUUGCAAAGUUUGGCUCUACACGUCAGGUACUUGCUUUGGGAGAAAGCUAUCGAUUUUUAUUAUUCAUGUAAAGAACUCGAUAAUUCAGUCAAUGAUAUUGAAGAAGUAAGCGACGAUUACGAGCUAAUAGACCGAAUUGAUCGAGAAGUGGAAGAUGGAGAUGGUCUGAAGAAGGCUGGUGAAAAUGAAGAGAACAAGGCUGAAGAGGUAGUGAAGGUGCGAAAUGAGGAAGAUGACUACGAUGAUGAUGAUGACGAAGAUGAGGAAGAAAAGGGACAAGAUACCAAAGAUAAUGAUUCUAAAGUCGAUAACAUGGAAGAAGAAUAUGAAAGGAAUGAAGAAAAUAGGAUAAUAUUGACGAUUCCAAUAUCAGUUCUAAAAGAUAAGAGCAAGAGCGAUGUUCCUGAAUCUACAGCCAUCAAUGGAAUUUCUACUGAACCGAACACAGAAGGUAGCAAAGAUCUUAACGGCAGCAAUGCUGCUAUUGCCACUGAUGCAGCUGACGCUUCUGCUUCGACAUCCCCCACUACAGAUCAAUCCCUCAUCAAGGAAUUUAACAAAAUCUACCAUAAUUUCGAAUAUGACAGAGAAACCUUAAUGAAAAGACGUAAAUUGGAAAAAUCCGAUAAGCAAUUGGAAGAGUCCUCAUCAGAGCAAGAUACCAAUCAAAAUGGAACUGGUGGAACUGGUGCUAGCACGUCUACAGCUGGAGGUAUAAGCACCAAGGAACAGCAACAGUUAGGAAUAAAUUUGGGUUCCGCGUCCCACUCUUUAAAACACUUACUCAAAGCAAUUCUGCAUCAAAGAGAUGAAAUAGACUUAAACGACUUUGAAUUAAGAAGUUUAUUCAUGGACGUCAGGAAAAAUAGAGGUAAAUGGGCAAGCGAUGAAAGAGUUGGACAGGAAGAAUUAUAUGAAGCAUGUGAAAAGGUAGUUAUGGAUCUAAGAGGCUAUACUGAACAUUCUACUCCAUUCUUAAAUAAAGUUAGUAAAAGAGAGGCUCCCAACUACGGCCUUAUCAUUAAAAAGCCCAUGGAUUUGAAUACUGUUAUGAAAAAACUAAAGGGUUUACAAUACCAAUCAAAGCAACUGUUUGUUGAUGACUUGAAUUUGAUUUGGAAUAAUUGCUUGACGUACAAUGCGGAUCCUAAGCACUUCUUGAGAGCUCAUGCAAUCGCAAUGCAAAAGAGAACUAAUAAAUUAGUUCCAUCUAUCCCAAAUAUAACGAUUAGAAGCCGAGCGGAAGUGGAGAAAGAAGAAGAAUUGGAAGAGAAAAACGAAGCAGCCGCUGCUGCUGCUACAACUGAAGGUGGAGCUGGAAAGGCUACUCAAAAGGGGAGGAAAAGAACCAAAGCUGAUGCUGACGAAGUGGAGAAUAAUGACGACAACAGCAAAGAAGAGAACGACCGAGACGAAAAUAAAAUCAAAGAAGAAAAGGAUGAUGAAAGUACUAAAAUAAAAGAAGAAAAUGGUACUGCAUCUGAUGAUAUUGAUAUUGAGAUGGCAGAUGCAUCUACUAUCACCAACGGUACGGUAGGUGGCGGUGGCGGAGAAGAUGAUGACGAAGAAGAAGACGAUGUUGAUGUAAACGUUGCUGGAGAUCUUGAUGAGGAAGAAGUCGAUCUCGAACUUCAAGCUUGGAGAUCGAUGACUGCUAAAUCGCGUGCCAACUAUUGUGCUAAGAGAUCUGAACUAUUCACUGACUCAUUUUCUCUUAAUCCAAAUGCAGAAGCAAUGACCAGAGAAUCCUACGAGAUGAAUAAUUUCAAGCAUUACCUUAGUAACGAUCAAGUUGUGUCCAAGUCGUCGAAUCUACUUGAAAGUGAUGAACCAUAUUUAUUGGAAUAUGAUGUAAUGGGGGGUUUGCCUGGAUUGGUAUAUUCAGGCUUAGACUCGGAAUCUGAAUUGAAAAGGGAGCAGAAGUUGGUAGACUUGUACCUUCAACAACUGGGAGGGGAUGUUAAUAAUAUUAAGUCCGAUUUUGUCUUGCCCUUGGAUUCUGGUUUAAAUAAAGUCUAUCAUGACAUUAUUGGAAAAAUCCAAGAUAUUAGGAAAAUUUGCUUCAAAAUUUCAUUGAUUAGACAAAUGCAAACUCAACAAUUUGUUCACCAUACCCAAAUGAAACAACCUGAAGUGGAAGAUAUCAAAGAAGUAGAUAUAGAUCCAGUUUCAAAAUUGUCUAAUCAUGAACCAUUCAGUUCAGAAGUUCAAUACGGAGUGUUGAGAAGAGCAGUUAGUAAGAUAGCGAUGCAAACUGGUUUUGAACUGACUGAACCUUUCGCAAUCAAUGCUUUGACACAAGUUGCAGAAAAAUAUUAUGGAAAUUUAGUCAAAACCUUAAAAAUGCAUUUGGAAACAAAUUCAACAAAUAGGUUAACUUACAAAGAAGCUCUCUUGGCUACAUUAUUAGAGAAUGGUAUAAACAAACCAGAUGACUUGUAUACGUUUGUGCAAGAAAGGAUUGUCAAACAAUAUGAUAAAUUAAAGGACCUUAAAAUCAAAUUAUCUAAUUUUUUGAAGGAACUUCUCAGACCUGGUUUGGAAAACUUCAAUGAAAAAUCAUUUGCUGAUAACAGUGAGCAAUUCAUGACCGGUGACUUUUCAAGUGACUUGGGUGAUGAUUUCUUUGGCUUCAAAGAGUUGGGACUAGAUAAAGAAUUCAAAAUGUUGAGUGGGGCAAUUCCAAUAUAUUUACUUCACUCCAGAUUACAUAACAAUUAUGCAGCAACUGGUAGUGUGAAUAAAAAGAACAAAUAUGAAGAUUUGAAAGAAUUGAAAGAUCCUAAGAUUUAUGCUCUGGAAAUUACUCAGCAAAUUGGGAUCUUGCGACCUUUCUAUUAUAAAUUAUUGGAAAAGACCAAGACUCAGUAUAUAAAGAGUAGAAAGAAGAAGGGUGAACUGACUGAAUUACCACCAGAUGAUAAAUUUUUAUUGAUUGAAGAUGAAGAGUUACCUCAAAAGCAGCGUAAUAUUCGUCCGAGGUUACCACCAACGGGUAAGAUUGUUUCGGUGAAAAAGAGAACCUUGGCAAAUGGGUUCUACUUACCGGACGAAGAAUAA